AUGGAGAGGCUUGCCAAAUGGGUAGAACUGAGGUCUCUUCAGUCUGGACGGGACUGGAAGUGGCUGUAUGGACCAUUGAUGACCUGGAACUAUACUUCGGUACCUGUUCUGCUUAAUUGUGGAUCACUUGAGAGCUAUUCUGGGGAUUUUGAGAUGUCAAGGCAUCUUUGUAAAUUUGUUGAGGUUUUCAUAUUAUGA